AUGGCGCCUCCUCCUGAUCCCCGGUUUAGCACCGUCAAGCCUCUGUUCCAGGCUUGUGAUCAUACAAGGUUGUCAGAGCAGCCACUGAGAGGGUGCCUCCAGAACUCAGAGUGGCUGUUCUCAGAUCAACACAUUCUCAAGGUGCAUUAUCCCAAACUCAGCGUGUCGGAAGACUGCCUGUACCUUAACAUCUAUGCACUGGCCCAUGCGGACACUGGCUCCAAGUUCCCUGUCAUAGUGUGGCUCCCUGGGGGUGCCUUCGAGACUGGCUCAGCAUCCAUCUUCGAUGGGUCUGCCCUGACUUCCUACGAGGACGUGCUUGUUGUGGCUAUCCAGUACCGGCUAGGAAUAUUCGGCUUCUUCAACACAGGGGACAAGCACGCACCGGGGAACUGGGCCUUCAUGGACCAGGUGGCUGCCCUGACCUGGGUCCAGGAGAACAUCGGGUUCUUUGGUGGGGACCCACACUGCGUGACCAUGUUCGGCGAGUCAGCAGGAGCUAUAAGUGUUUCCAGCCUUAUUCUGUCCCCCAUGGCCAAAGGCUUAUUCCACAGAGCCAUCAUGGAGAGUGGGGUGGCCAUCAUCCCUUACCUGAAGGCCCCUGAUUACAAGAGGAAUGAUGAUUUGCAGAUGGUUGCAGAUAUUUGUGCUUGCAAUGUGUCAGACUCCGUGGCCCUGCUACAGUGCCUGUGGGCAAAAUCCUCCAAGGAGUUGCUGAGCAUCAACCAGAAAACCAAGUUUUUCACUCGAGUGGUUGAUGGCUUUUUCUUUCCUCAUGACCCGUUAGACCUAUUGGCUCAAAAAUCAUUUAAGCCAGUUCCUUCUAUCAUCGGAGUCAAUAACCCCGAGUGUGGCUUCCUGCUGCCCAUGAAGGAGUUUCCUGAGAUCCUCGGGGGCUCCAACAAGUCCCUCGCCCUGCAGUUGAUACACUCAAUCCUGCACAUCCCUGUCCAGUAUUUAUACCUUGUGGCUAAUGAAUAUUUCUACAACAAACACUCUCUGAUUGAUAUACGAAAUCGCUUCCUGGAUUUGCUUGGAGAUGUGUUCUUUGUGCUCCCUGAGCUGGUAACAGCUCAAUAUCACAGAGAUGCUGGUGCACCUGUCUACUUCUAUGAGUUUCAGCAUCGGCCCCAGUGCUUAAAGGAUAAGAAGCCACCUUUUGUCAAAGCUGAUCACACUGAUGAAAUCCGCUUUGUCUCUGGAGGUGCCUUCCUGAAGGGCGACAUUGUCACGUUUGUCAGUAUCUGCAAAUACGCAAUGAGUGCAGUGAAACAGCUGAGCAGGAACAUGAUGCUAUAUUGGGCUAACUUUGCUCGGAAUGGGAAUCCUAAUGGGGAAGGCCUGCCCCUGUGGCCGGCCUACGAUCAGACCGAGGAAUACUUACAGCUGGACUUGAACAUGAGCGUGGGACAGAGACUGAAAGAGCUGGAGCUGGAGUUUUGGACGGACACCCUCCCCCUGAUGAUGUCCUCUUCCAGAACGCUCCUUGCUUCUCUUUCUUUCUUAACCUUCCUUUCUCUGCUCCUGCCUUUCAUUUUCUCUUUUGCUCCUAUCUUUGUGUGAUUCUGGUUUUCCUUCUCCUUCUGCGGUUUCUCCCACAAUCAUUAGCUUCAUCUGUGUUUAGCUACUUUACGGAGUCAACUGCUUUAGCUGAUGUUUUGGGAACUUGGGGAUGAUCCUUAAAGAAUUAUUUUCAACGUCAAAAAAUGCAAUUUGGGGCUUCCCUGUGGCGCAGUGGUUGAGA